AUGAGCUUAUUUGGUGAUAUGAGGAUAUACACCAAGAAAAAUAGUAAGAAUUCUAGAACAAGGAUGUCGCCAGGGCAAGUAGAAAUUCUGGUGGACUCCUUUAAGGAAAACCCAUUCCCUUCUACAUCUACUCGGGAAGAGCUGUCAAAGACCCUGGGUACAAGCCCAAGGACAGUUCAAAUAUGGUUCCAGAACCAAAGGCAGAAAGUAAGGAACCAAACAAGAGCUCCAGAGAAAAGGGAUGUAUUCAAAGAAUAUGUACAUUACGAACACCUCAGAAAGUUGUGUAUCUUGGCAUAUGCAGCAACUUGCAGAAUGGAAGACAAAUAUGAAUUCUAG